AAUUUGGGCAAGUCAAUCUUAAUGAACAAGGAUCUGAGUUAAAGGAAGAAAUGGUUAACAAAGCUACUAAGACGAGUAAAGGGUAUGUAGAGAGAUUGAAAAAAUUUCUCAAAAACGAAGAAUCUGAUUCAGAAAGACAAGUAGAAGUUGCGGAGUCAGUUAAAAAGAAUGUCGCGGAUGAUACUAGAUAA